CAAGGAUAAGGGUCGGUAAGAGAGAAAGAAGCAUCGGGAAAGCGCUCUCAUACGCCAUUUCUCUCUUUAUCUUGUCAACCAAAGAACUUCCUUCACAUUCUUUGGUCUCAAACUUAAUAUCAUGCCUCCUCACGAGCAACACCCUUCCAAGAAGCGAAAGCUUGGGAGGUAUGGAGAUGGUGCGGAUCUUAGUGACACCAUCACUACGUUCAGACCAUCAGCAAGAUUUGCGCCUACCGUCCCGAGAGACUGGACCGUCUCCGUGGCCAUUCCUAGCAGCAUUAUUACCGAUUGUGCGAGGGAUGAGCAGCGCAUCAAUGCUCCUUCGCGGAUAGCACGUGCCUUGGCCGUCUUCUCCAUCGACGAGGUUGUCGUUUUUGAUGACAGUCCUCAUGACUCCCGGCCACCGGCUGUUGAUACGGAUGCAUACACGGGUGACGUUGACCCGGCCCAUUACAUCUGGCAUCUCCUGAACUAUAUGGAGUGCCCGCCAUUUAUGCGGAAAACUCUCUUCCCAUUGCACCCGAAUCUUAGGUUGCAAGGUCUAUUUCCCGGUCUUGACAUGCCACACCACCCACACAGGGACGAGUGGCUGCCCUACAUGGAGGCCAUGACGCUUCCUGGAAAGCCCGAAGGCGGAAAGGGCACUCUCGUUGACAUUGGCAUGCGCAAGCCGAUAACAAUUGCGGAAUCGAUCCCCCCAAAGACAAGGUUGACCCUCCGCUUUCCCGGCGAGUCGUACGACAACGCCGAAGCCGUCGAUCCGGCCGCACCUCGUACAGAAGGCGGCUACUACUGGGGCUUCGGCGUGCGCCGCUGUGCAUCCCUGUCGGAAGUCCUUACCGAGAGUCCCUUCGAGGGUGGUUACGACCUGAGCAUCGGCACGUCCGAGCGCGGCGAUGUAUCAGCAAACGCAUUUCCCCACGGCAAGCCGCCGCCGCAGUUCAAGCACCUCCUUAUCGUGCUUGGCGGUCCCCGAGGCCUCGAGUUUGCUGCCAUGAACGACCCGCAGCUAAGCGAGAUUGGUAUAGGCACCGGUCGUGUGAGGGAGGUGUUUGACCACUGGAUCAACGUGCUGCCGGACCAAGGGAGCAGGAAUAUCAAGACGGAGGAGUCUCUGUUCAUUGCCCUGACUGAUCUUCGACGACUUUGGUACCGUACCUGAGUGUCCAGUUGCAGCUUGCUAUAACCAAUUUUAACAAUGGACUGAUCAGUUUUUUUGGCCCUGAACUCAAAAUCAUGUUUGCCAGCGAACAAUGACAAUCACACUCUUCACUCAUGAAAUCAUUUAUCCAUAUAGAAGCCACAUCCUCAAACGGUUCACAGAUGUGAUCCUAUAACCAUUUCCUGCACUAUCAAAUGGAUGUAGUUUGC